AUGAAGUUUCAACUUACUAUCCUUACUCUGGCUGUCAUAGCCCUUGCAAACCCUCAGGCUCCUCCUGAUCCAACACCAGCUCCCCCUGACCCAACACCUCCUUCAACCUCUGAGCAGCCUGCACCUCCUCCUGACCCCCCAGCUCCGGCACCUCCAGCUCCUCCUCCGGUCUCUCCCCCGGCUGAUCCCCCGGCUGACCCUCCAGCUGAACCGUCUCAACCUCCUCCUCCUCCUCCGCCGCCGCCUCCUCCGUCUCAGCCUGCCCCGGUACCUCCUCCAUCCGGACCAGCUCCUGUUCCUCCUCCAGCUACUCCCGCCCCAGCACCCCCUCCGGACCCAAGCCCUCCCCCGCCCCCGAGCUCAACCGCUGAACCUCCUCCUCCCGAGGGACCAAUCUGCGAAUGCGGCUACACUUACUGCUCCUCAGUCCUCAAGGGCAUGGACAACCCAUGGAAUGAGGCUCAACUCUCCGAGGCAUACUGCAGCACGCCGAAUGUGAAAUGCGACGGCGAAACACCAACUAGCAGUAUAGAUAAUGCUCUGUUCAUCUGCCUAUGCGAUCAGCCUAGUCAAAAAGUCGGAAACCAUCUUGAGUUUCUCUGCGGCUGCGAUAAAUGUCUUGUUGUCAAGCCUGACUACAGAGGAAGAUGCAAGACUCCCCCAUUAGCUGGAUCCAAGGGCGGGAAGGGUAAUAAGGUCAGAGGAACUAAUCGACUGGGCUUCUGGAUGUAG